UAUAUAAAUAUUCUAAACAAUUUGAAACAACGAGAACAAUAGCUCUGACUGCAUGUCAAUAUCGUUGUAGCAAUUUUGAUGUAACGUAUUCUGGAAUUUAUUCUAUUUGCAUAAGAGUCGCAAACCAGGAACAUUUAGUUAGAUAUACUGUUCCCAGCGUAAACGUGUCUAACUGUUAAAUUUUGUACAAUUGGACUUGAGUCCAUAAUGCCGAAGUUACGCGAAACUAAACUAUAUCAGUAUAUUGCAACGAAAAGUUUAGAUGAAUUACGAACGGAAUGUUACAACCACAUCAGCAGUGGAAAAGAUGUAAACAUUAAGGAUAGCGACACUGGCGAGACAUAUCUACAUUGUUUAUGUGAUCAAAUGGAACGUUUUAUGGAUGAGAAUGGAGUAUCAAUAAUUUAUAUAUUGGCCUGUAAAGGAGUAGAUCUUGAUAUACAAGACAAUUUAGGAGAAACUUUUUUACACAAGAUUGUCAGGAUGCCAGGUGCAUAUCGUGCACUUGUUGCAGCGGUCAGGUGUGGUGCCGAUAUGAUGGUACUAGAUAACCGUGACAGAACAGCAGAAAACAUCUUACAUGUAGAAAAACCAGAGGGGUGGCAGGAGAUGUUACACUGGUGGAAUAAAUUCAAACCAGGCCUAUAUAGAGCAACGUUGGCAGAUAAUCCGGAUAGAACCUUGGUGGAAAAAUUGAUGAAGUAUUGGUGUAGAGUAAACAUUGUGAAAGAUGGACAAGAUUACAGCGUGAAAACGAGACUAAGACAGAGGGCUAAAGACAUUGAUUUCGUCUAUCUUAUUGAGAAAUAUGAGAACACCAUAGAGUUUGCUCUAGCAGCACUGUCAGGAAAAACACAAAUACUGUUAGGCUGGAAAAAACGAAUAGAAAAUAACCCAGAUGUUUUGAAAACAAUAAACUUUAAUAUGUGUGAUUGGAGUUAUCAAAGAAGUCUUGAUUCUCCCGAGGUUCCAAUGCCAUUGUUGUUCUAUAUAUGGAGGAUGAACAGGGUAGACAUGACAGAACUGUUAAUAGAGUACGGAGUAGAUUCAACAUUAUUAUAUUCUGCUGAUCCAUCCAAGGAACAAGUCAAACCAUUAUUCUUCCAAUUAGUGUGUGGUGAACAGAGGCCCAGUGAAGAAAUAAUAAAUAGGACCUUGCAAAAAUCAGAUCUAUCUGCUAAAAACUAUGAUGGACAAACAUUAUUGUAUGAAGCAAUUAAACACAGAUCUUCUAGUCAUCUUGUGGAAUUUUUGUUAAAGAGAGGAAUUAAUAUAGGAGCAAGAGAUAAACAUGGACAAACUGCUAGAGACUUUGCUCUAUCUUUAAACAAAAAGGGAAGUAAAUAUGUAAAAAUGAUUGAUCAAUAUGUCCUUGAUAUGGUGAAGAACAGUAAUAUACAAGGAGUAGAAGCUCUUAUCCUACAGGGGUAUGACCAUCUCCUGGAUAUUAUUGAUGAGAAAGAUGAAUUGGGAGUGCUUAGUUUGGCCAGGUUAACUGGGUCUCAAUAUAUGGUAGAAUUGCUGUCUAAAGUGGAAAAAUCAAAGGAGCAUGUGGACAAAAUGUUUAGAAUAGCACACAAGGGCAGAUUAGCUGAACUUAGGCCAUUACUUGGUAAGAAGUAUUCAUCAGCAGUCGACAUUUGUGGGAGGAAUGUUUGCCACAUAGCUGUAGUCUACAAAAGGAGGGAGUUUAUUAAAUGUUUCACGGACAAUUAUACAACCUUACUCAACAAGAAAGAUAAUCUUGGUAGAACCCCAUUUCAUUAUGCCCAAGUAUUAUUAGAAGGUGAUGAGUUAACAGAGUAUAUGUUACAGAAAGGUGCUGAUACAAAUGUAAAGGAUGUGCUUGGUAGAACCCCGCUGGAUUAUAAGUGUAGUAGCUGUGGACAAAGAUCUUUCUACACGCUACAGAAAGAAGUACAAAACUAUGCAAUGGAUGUCUAUGUGGCACAAACAAAAUUUGAAGAAAGUCUUUCUACAGCAAUAAAGAAUGGGAACCUGAACCAGGUUUCUUCACUUGUUAGUGGAUUGAAAAGCCAGUCAAAAGAUACAGAUUAUUUAUCACGAUAUAAUAUUAUCUUGUUUAAUUGUCUGGAACAUAACCAAGAAGAGAUAGCUAUAUACCUUACACAACAAGGGAUGAAUACAAAUAUUUUUAAGCAGUAUGAUAAAUGCGACCCUAAUGACCAACUCUGUGCAAUGUUAGAAUGUGAUCACAGUCCAAAAUCAUUCAAAGAUGUAGCCAAACAAAAGAACUGUCAAAGAAUCCUUAAUUUCCUUGAUGAAAUAAAUGAGGAUUUGGAAAAAGAAAUUCAAGAGAAGAAAAGAGCAGAUUUUAUGACAUUUUCUCAGUUUGGUCUAGUUUAAUAUCUUUGAACUGUGUUGAUUUAGAACUAUGUAUAACAGCUGACUAAAAUGAGGACAAUUAUUUCUGCCUGACAUACAAGAUGGCUGUGAAAUAACUAUUAGUGGUUGGCAUUUUGUUAUGAUAGUUAGAAGCUUACAUCUCUAGAUGUGAUGAUUAAUGAC